UUCACCUUCUUCGACCCCAACGACCCGGCCUGCCAGGAGAUCCUGAGCGACCCGCGGACUAGCGUCCCGCAGCUGUUCGCCAUCGUGCGCCAGUGGGUGCCCCAGGUGCAGCACAAGAUCGACCUCAUCGGCAACGAGAUCCUGAAGCGCGGUUGCCAUGUCAACGACCGCGACGGCCUGACCGACAUGACGCUGCUGCACUAUAGCUGCGACCCUGCGGCGGCCCUGCGCCUGAGCAGCCGGCUGAUCUCUCUGGGCGCUGACGUGAGUCUGCGCAGCCGCUGGACCAACAUGAACGCGCUUCACUACGCCGCCUACUUCGACGUUCCCGAGCUCAUCCGGGUCCUGCUGAAGGCCGCCAAGCCCAGA